AUGAAGUUCGCAACAACACUGGGCUGUGGUCUUCUUGCCUUUGCUGCUGGUACCGAAGCCUGUAUUCGAGUCCACGCGUACCUCAGCAAUGAUAUCGUCGUUGGUGACCGCAUGGGCAUUAAGAUCUACGAUAACUACGACCUCAAAUGUUCCGAUGGAGAAGCGAAACGGUUCGUCAGCGGAGAAACUAAAUGGGAAUUCAAAUGUGGCGAAGACGAUCGCUACGAAGUCCAUCUUACUGAGGAUGGUCACAAGGGCUAUGUUUGGAACCACAACGCCGGAUGGGAAGCAGACUUGAUCUUGAAGGACUCUAAGCACACGUCCGAAUGCCGGUAUAAGACUGGGUUGAACGACCGGUGUGCUGGAUAUGUCUCGAGCGACGAGUCUGUGCUCUGGGACGGAUUUAAGACCCUCGGACUUGGGAACUGCGAUGAUAAGCUGUUCAACACUGAGACAUGCGGAGCGAAUUGCGAUAUCUCCGAGAAGGACACUCCUUGUGGCGAGGACAUUAAUGGCCGUUGUGUGCCGAUCAUCUUCUGA